CUUAUUCCCGCCAAAUGUGUGUAUAAAUAGCGCAAUUUUGAUCGCUGAUUACAUCUUCUCUGCUUCGUCGAAUGCCAGUCUGCCGUAAUAAUGAAUCCUGCACCAGAUUACAGAGAAUCAACACCUUCGAAACUAUCAAAUUACGGUAAUGGUGUUUGUAUCAUGAGCACAACAUGGAAAGAUGAGCAGCAUCCAUCCUUCAUCAGCUUCAUCUCUUCCUUCCUCUAUGAGAAUUCUUUUAGACUGAAUUUUGUGUCGAUCGCUCCAGAUUUCAUCUUCAACUGUGGAGGCGUCUCCAUUGCCUUCGUAUUCGCGACCAGCUGGGAUUCUGGCCGCACAGAAUCCAUCUUCAGCAAAAUUCAGAAGUUAAAGGAACAGUUUGGACAUUUCUAUGUGGUUGUUACCCUGCCAACUAAAGAUCAGAAUGACUUUUUCAUACGCUCGUAUUUCAAACACGGCAUGGAGUUCGGUAGGCCAACUUUCAUCCCCGUGCAGGAUUUGGAGAUGGGAUUCGAAAAGAUUGUAAAGAUAGCACAUGCUCGUGGAGUUUGUAAGCGACAUGACGCCAUAGCAAAACUGAGAGCUGAGAGGGAGAAGUCAGUUCAAUCCAUGGAUGUCUAUGUCAAAGUUGUUACAUCUAUCCCUGGGAUUGAUAGCCAUGACGCCAUUGCGCUAAAUCAAGCCAUUGGUUCCAUUGAAGCAAUAGCGAAGGCAUCAAAGGAGCACAUUCUGGAGACCACCGAUCUUUCAACCGAAAAGGCUGAAACUAUCACCAGGUUUUUCAGAGACCCAAAAUAUUACCUUGGUAUAAAAUUGAAAUGAUAUGACCAUUCUGUAGCUUCUAUAUCUACCAACUGAAUUGAGGUUUCAUGACUACAAUUUCCGCAGCAAUACCUUUUUUUAUUGUGCAUGAUAUCAUGUUUAUACAAUGCAAAUUCAUAUUGCUGUGAAGAAA